CAAAACUAAACAAUAGAAUUGAAUUGACUGAAAGUGCUCGAACAUCGGCAGGAAAAAGUCCAUAAAAGGUUAAAUUUCGUUAUCUAAAAGUUUUAAAAAUUGGCCAGAAACAUUGUAAAACGUUUUACCCAUUGUUUGGACAUGAAAAAAUACAAAUUUUUGUUAAGGGGCUAGAGAUUUAAGUGAUUAAAAGACUUUGGAAAAGUUCAAGGCGUAGGAAAAAAAUUCCCCACUUCCCCUACCCCCGUUAACCACCUUUCAUCUAUAUCAAACAGCCAUUACAAACAGCAGCAAACACUCAUCAUAUGGUUUGGUUGGAAACUAUCGUCGCACACACACGUUCAGUGGCAGCAGUAUUUUUUUGUUGAAGUGACAAAGACAAAAGGGGAACGAAUAUACAUAGAGACAUAUGAAAGUAAAUAAUAAUCCACACAAAAAAGAAGAAACGAAGAAAAAAUCACCAUCAUCAUCAUCAUAGAGGAACAAAACAGGGCGACAACCAAAAAUUCAGAAAAUAAAGCAACAUAAAAUUGUUGUGUGAGCUGCUGCAGCACCAGAGUCCCAUAAUACUGAAAAAUAUUCACUAGCAGUAGCAGCGAAAAGAGGAAAAGCAAGAAAUUAAAACGAUUACGGCUGCACAUAUUUUGAGAUCUGCGUCAUUUGGUCUGUGGUGCCCUUCUCUGAAAUUUAACAGCCUAAGCUAGACCUUGGCAUAAUGACCAUAAAACCAGUUGUUGCAGCUCCCCAGAAGAGAUCUGGGUCGUCCGGUACGGGAGAUAGUGACAAGAAGGACACCCAUACAGGUUCCAGCGUUGGCGAUGCGACAAGUAGCAGUCACCAGCAAACGAAUCGAGCUGCCAAUGUUCAUGCUCAUCGUAAUGUGGUAAUAGAUAACCAUAGCCAGAGCCCCCAACGCCGUGGAGUCGAUGUGUAUGAAGAACUCAAUCGCCAUCGUCGUAGUCCUCACAAAACUACACGCACCAAACGUCGAGAUCAUCUCAAUGAUCAUCACCAUAAACGUGAUCGUGUUUCAGCGCACCCAGACAAACAUGUAAUGGUUCCCAAAUGCAAUAGCCCACAUGCUGGCACUAGUUCCUCAGCUGGUGCUGGUGGAAGUGCUGCUCCCAGUACUGUUUCGCAUGCCUCGGCCGUUGGUAAUAAAUCGCCCGAUCAUUUGCUAUUGGGUUCCCAAUCGCCUAAAAGCCAAACAACUCCAGCAACGGUAGCCCAAGCAGCCAGUGGCCUACUCAAGGCCAUUGAAGACACCUUUUCCGGUUACAAUUCGGGCGAUGAACACUUGCAACCCAAAGAGGGCAAAAUAACAGCCGAUGAAUGGCAACGCAAGGAUGAACAAUUUGCCAAAUGCAUGGCAGAUCGUGGUUACAUAUUAAAACCUGUCGAAGAGGAUGGCGCUUGUCUAUUCCGUUCCAUUUCAUUGCAGAUAUAUGGUGAUGAAGAAAUGCAUGAUGUUAUUAGGCAACACACCAUGGAUUACAUAUACAAAAAUCGUGAAUAUUUUAGCCAUUUUGUCACUGAGGACAUCAAUAAUUAUAUCAAACGUAAACGCCGCAAGGAGUCCCAUGGCAAUCAUAUUGAAAUACAGGCUAUGUCAGAAAUUUAUAAUCGUCCUGUGGAAGUCUACUGUUACAAGCCUACUCCCAUAAAUAUCUUCAAUUCGGAACAGCUGAAUAAUGGCUAUGCCCCACUACGUUUAUCCUAUCAGCGUGGCUCCCACUACAAUGCCAUUCUUGACCCCUACAAUGCCACUGUGGGCGUAGGUUUGGGUUUGGCUGGCUAUAAACCCGAUCUACAAACAAAAGAGGCCACACGCUUAAGUGAACAGCUGGAAAUUGAACAAACCAUGUUUGAGGAUAAACUCAAAACCACUGACUGGGAGGCUACCAAUGAAGCCAUAGAGGAACAAAUAGCAAGAGAAUCUUAUUUGCAAUGGUGUCGAGAUAAUUUACGAAGUCGAAAUAAUACCACCAAUUCGGCCUCCACGUCUGCUACUGUGACAUCGGCUGAAGCUGCCUCGGACUGUGAAGCAUCACCCUCAAAAUAUGCCGCACAACGUUCGAGCAGUUCCCAGCUGGGGGCAGCAACAAACAACAGCACAGUGACCACAACAUCAAUGAUUGGCAGCACAACAUGUUCCUCGGCGGCCGGGGCCUCAACAAGCACAAAUGCCGAACAUAACUUUGCCUCCUCUUUGUCCCCCAAACAUAUGUCAACGAAAAAAUGCGAUGAGACUGGUUUCGAAAGUGAUGAUACUGAUAUGAGCAGUACCAGUUCUGUGGGUGGUAGUGGCGGCUCUGAUAAUUGUUCACCAUCAACGAUGGGUCGCACUAAAAAUUCAAAAAUGCGUACAUCCUCAGUCUCACUGAGAACUGGCAAAAAACGUAGACGUGAUGCCCAAAUUAAAACAAGUGAAGAUGAUAGUGCAUCGACACAAAAAAGUCCCAAAUGUGAUACUGCUCUUGACAAACGUUCCAUGACACCAGAUUUUGAGCAUCAACAACCAUGUACCUCAAAGCAAUCUAAUACGCCAGAGAAACAAGGCACUGCAGCAUCAACUUCAUCGCCAACGGAUACUGCUACUACAAAACAACAGGCAGCUAGCAGUUUCUAUCAAGAACUAUUGGAGGCUUCCUAUGCAAGUCAAGAAUUUGAUCAAUUGAAUGAAAGUGAAAUGUUGCAGCGCGCCAUACAAAUGUCCACACGUGAUUAUAUAGAAGAUCAAAAACGUAAAUAUCUCUAUGGACCAUAAGAAGCAAAACAUCUGCAAGAAAACCCCUCAAAUUUUUAAGCAAAUUAAACGAAAAGCUAAAUUUUUUUAAGUGUAAUGCAAUGAACUCAAUGAACUAUAUACUGUUCUGUUUUUUUUCUUUAUUUUUUUCAAAUGUGAAAUAUUUUUAAAUGAAAAUGAAGAGUUUAUUUUUACUAAAUCCAUUGAAUUCUCUUGAGGCAAUAUAGACUAUUAACUCAAAUAUAUUUAAAUUUCAACAUUUAAUAGAUAAUAUUUAUGAAAGCAAACAAAAAUAUAUAUUUCAAUAAAAAAAAAAAACAAAAUGGGCAGAUUAUCUAACUAUACUAACUCAAAGGAAGAAGUUUUUUCAAAACGAUGUUGUAGAAAUAAAAAAGAAAUUAAAUUCCCUUAAUGACAUUUUUAAAUGACUUGUUAGUCAAAGCGAAAGUUUUAAGGAAAUUAAUUACAAAAAAAAAGUAAACCAAUUGUUAGAGGACAAUCCUUAGCUAUUUCUCCUUUGCCCCCUUGAAUCCCCUUUAAUGUUUGUGAAAACCUUAAGAACCCAAACCUGAAAUAGAUAUCAAAAUUCCAAGAAAAUUGACUCUGCUAUGCAUUUCUUAAAUUCUCUAACUUUAAAGAUAGACAGACGGGGAGGACAGAUAGGCCGACAGCCCCAUGCAACGAAAGGCAGACGGACUGACAGAUAUAACUGUCUUCAAAGUAGGCUUUGAUUUUUUAAAUUUUUUUUAAUAUUAAUUUUUUAAAUUAUUUCCAAAAUAUAUACAGUGUUGUGUAAAAAAAACUAGUGACAGCGGAUAGACGGACAAAUAAAGGAUUCUAAAGCAUGUAAAAUGAGAGCUAGAUCAAUGGUAUGUAGAAUUUUUUUAAUGGAUGUAGCAUGCCAAAACAAUUUCCGUUACGAAUAUAUCAAACAUGUACUGAUAUUUCACCGGAAAGCACAAUUGCUACGAAAAGUCAAAAUUUAGUUUGUGCAAAGUA